GUGAAUUCCCUAAAUUUCUCUUGACCAAAAGAAAAUAAAAAGAAACAAUUUGCAACAAGAAAAAAUCGUGACAAUGGCAUAAAAAAUGGUGAUGCUAUAAGAAAAGGAAAAAAGAAUAAGAAGGUAGAAGAGGCAACGGACAUGGAAGACAGUCGCAGAGGAUCAUCUUCAACACCACAAUCUCGAAGGAUCAUGGUGAUCGCUGACCCAACCCGUGAAUCCGCAGCUGCUCUUCAAUACGCUCUUUCACAUGCCGUGCUUGAGCAAGACGAGCUUAUUCUCUUCCAUGUUGAAAACAAUGGUGGCUCAUGGAAAAACGCGUUCUCGAGUUUUUUGAGAUUACCAAGCUCCAGCUCCUCCUCAAACACCAGCGGGUCUUCACCAGGAGCUGCUAAUUUUAAUGCUAGCACAGCAAACUCCGCUUCAUCUUUGGCCUCAGAAAUUGGUCAAGGAGAAGGAAAUUUUCUUGAACAGAUGAGACGGAUAUGUGAAGUCGCUCAGCCAAAGGUGCCUGUGCACACCGAGUGUAUAACCAUGGAAGGCAUCAAAGCUGCAGCUAUUCUUCUUCACGGAGAGAAACUUGGGGUUGAUGUUAUAAUCAUUGGUCAGCGGAGGACAAUAUCAUCCUCCCUUCUAGGAUCUAGGCGACCUGGAGGGUCUCUAAGAGGGUCAAAAGGAGUAGACACAGCGGAAUAUCUAAUCGAGAAUAGCAAAUGCACAUGUGUUGGUGUACAGAAGAAAGGUCAAAAUGGAGGGUAUGUUCUAAACACCAAGACCCACAAGAACUUUUGGCUCUUGGCGUGAUCAUUCUCAAUGCUCCUAGUCAGUUUCAUAAUUCAUAAAUGUAGCUAAAAAGGAAAUUAUUAAAAUUUACCUGUCAUCUUCACUUGUUUGUUUCAUGUUCUCUAACUUCAGUAGAUGAAGUGUUAUGGAGGCAAACAUAAAUGAACUAUUUAUUUUACCAGGUUCAAUGUUA